CGCUUGAUAUCUCGUCUGUCCACGUGUUCUCGGGUACAAUUGAGAUGCCCCUUCAGCGAUCAGUAGCCGAUCUUCCAUUGGUAGGAAGCCAUCAGGAGCUGACGUGCCUUUGUUCGUGUCUAUGUGGCCGGCACAACACAGGCGCACACAGAUAGACGUACAACACACACACACAUACACAGGCGCACAAACACACAGACGCAGAGAAAGAGAGAGAGGGAGCUGACGUGCCGUUGUUCGUGUCUAUGCGACCGGCAUAACACACACACCUACACACACACACACACAAACACACACACACACAGAGAGAGAGAGAGAGAGAGAGAGAGAGAGAGAGAGAGAGAGAGAGAGAGAGAGAGAGAGAGANAGAGAGAGAGAGAGAGAGAGAGAGAGAGAGAGAGAGAGAGAGAGAGAGAGAGAGAGAGAGAGAGAGAGAGAGGAUUUGGUUCAUCUUCGCAAUUGAAGGUCCUGACGUAUUGUGAGAUUCGAGGAUUUCAUAUCUCAAUGGAAGGUACUGGCCUGGCCUGUUCUUCCAGAGCAGUACUGACGCAAUUAGGCAAGCGUCGAGUGGGUGGAGGUGCCAGACUGGAUUCCGAAGAACCGUCCUCUGCGGAUGACGGCCUUGGCUUGCAUGUUUCCGCCGUCGGCGAAUCUCGUCCGUGGAAGGUUCGCCGCGCUGUGACACGGAGCUUAGGCUUCCCCUCUCCCCGUGCUACUCUCCCAACUGUCAGUCAUGCUGCCGAAGUUCUCGGCGAUUUCCAUGAGCUCUCUGGCGAGCCUGUUGAGCAAUCUGGACCCGAUGACAAUCCCCCACUAUCAGACGUCAUUGCGGGUAGCGGUUUCGUCUCGGGUCAAACACACCCACGCGUGCAAUCACAGACACAAGCACAGUCUGAGGCUACUGAGGAACGAAUCGCCAUUGGGCGGCAGGAGGCCACUGUUGCCGCUGGCGUCUGGUCUCUGGAGGGCGCGGUAGGCGUUCUCGAGGAGGUACGGGUGCUUGAGGGAGUGGUGUCCCCAGCCGUUACGGCGGUGGGGAAAUCAGACGUGGCGGGGCCUGUGCGAACUAAAGAUCAGCAACUGAUCUGCUUCUUUAUAUGCACUUGUCAGGAUGAGAGGACGCUUGUGGUCCGAGCUUCACGUGGGCAGACCGUUGAGGAGUUAUACGAGCACAUCAGGUCCCGGACUGGGAUUCCAAUUGCAGAGCAGAGGUUGCUGUAUCGUGGGCGCCAGCUGAAUGGGUGUUCAACACUGGAGGAGUGUGGAGUGGAUAAUGAUGCAACACUAUACUUGGUCUUGCGAUUGAGGAGCACAACAUGCCCUGAUGUGUGGAGGAUGGUGCAGGACAUCAAUGAUACUGUGUGCUGCCUCAGGGCUCUGGACCACCAACAACUGGAUACUGAUACUCCCCCGAACAUUCGACUGCCGUCGUCACAGGAAAUAUCAUCACUCUUCCAGUUUGAUGGCGGUAGCAAUGAUGAUUGCGACUCGUUGAUCAGCGAAGCGAAAGUGAAGUGGCUUCAUGAGAGGGUAACAAAGCUAUUCCGGAGGUUCCUGGCAAAUGCCAUGACACAUGGCAACUCUACCACCACUCUUGGAGGAUACAUCGAGGCUUUCAGGGUUGCUGGAGGUGCAACAGCUCUUGUUAAUUUGUUGGCAAGCUCAUCAUCGCUCUUUCAGCAAGAGGCUGCUUGCAUGAUCCAUUGCUUCACGGAUGAGAACUGUCUGGUAUUUUACUAUCCAGAAUGCAAUAAUCAGAUUGUGGUGCGGAGGUUUUUGGAUUGCAGUGGACCGCUACUGAUAGAUAUCUGCAAUAUACUGGAGGCAAAACUUCCGGAGCAUCCCCUCAAUCAGGAGUGUUGCAGUGCUCUCGUGCACUGGCUUGAAACUAGUACAAACUACUACCAUGAUUUCUAUGUUGACGUCUCGGCAGAAUGGCUGGCAGAUCACCUGUCUCCUCUUUUUCAAAAGGUCUCAAGAAGUUUGAUGAGGAGCAUUCGUGAGAUAACGGCUUUGAUGUCGGGUGCAUCACAAGACAUGGAGCACCCACUUCAGAAGACUGAUGCGGAAUGCUUUUCCACCUUGGCCGUGACAAUUUUCAAGCUGAGUUUUGAUUGCACCGAUGGACGUGGAGCCUGGCUCAGCAAGCUUGAGCUAUGUGAUCUUUUCCAGGGCAAGGUUGAGACCGGGCAUGGAAGAAGCAAAGAGUCUGGCACGUGUGGCUAUGAAUGCAAUACGUCUGUAAUGGUUCAAGAAGCUAGCAGGCUGUCUUCACAGACCAUACAUCCAGGUGGUGCAGGUGUAUCUCGUUCGAUUGCAGGACCUGUCGACGAGAAUGUUGAUGAUGAGCGUGUCCUUGGCUAUCGUCCAUCGCUGAAUAGCACAGAGGAAAUGAAAUCAACGCUGUCUGCGAAACAACAGGCGGAGAAACAGGUUCUUGGCAUUUGUGAUAAGGUGUGCAGCUGUGCAGAUGCAUCAGGAAAAAGUGGAACAAAAGAGAUUGGGCAUCCAGAUCAGAGCCCCUGUGCACAGUCUUGUUCGUCAAUGUCUCAUCGCCCUUGGAGAGCUAAUUCAGAGCAAUUGAAGGUCUUUCAGGAAGAUGACGCUCAUGGGAGGGGGCAUGAUAAUGGAUGGUUGCAAGAAAGGGAGGCAGCAUGGUUGAAGAACUUGCUGCGGUCAGUGGGUGAACCAGGUGGUGGACUUGGAUCAGAGACGGGGGAACAAAAAAUCCAUGGUCCACCUUUGCCCUCAACUCACGGUGAGGGAAGAGGAGCUGAUCGAACGGUGUGCAAGAUGACUAAGACGAUUCCUGAAGUCGUUAUGGGGACGUCCAGUGGCUCUGCGGGCAGAAUACGACGGGACUAUGCUGCAAGCAGCACUGGUCGCUCUGAGAGACGGACUGCAACAGGAACUGGAACAGAGUCGAAGUGGGUACCUUGCUUGUUCAUCCAGAUGUUGGCUGAUCUCGAUCUAUGUCUGGAUGAGGCUGAGAAAUUCGCACAUCGUCUUGAAGUGCUGCAGAGUGUCUUGGUUGAUCACGGUCUCCGGGGGGAUGCUCACGGGGUUCGAUCGGCAGCUGGAGAGAUGUCGACAGGGAUUGGGAGUGGAACGAGUCCUCAACAGCAUGCUAGUGGAGAGUCGGGGAGUAGCAUUGGGAUAAGCAGUGGAGCACAAGCAGCUGUAGCAGGAAUAGCACGGAGGCAAACGACUUCAGCCGCUGUUGGUCCCAGUGCCUCCCAGCAGUCGAGAAUAGCUCAUUUACCAGCAGCUAUCAAGUCAACAAUGCCAACUAUUCUGAAGGGUAUUCAUGCGAUUGGCUCGCGCUCUCCACUACUAACGAAGUUUCUGCUGAUUGUAUUGAAGCGCAACAAGCGAGUACUGAAUUCGUUUAUGAAGACUUCCCACCUUUGUCCAGGAGGUGACCUUUGGUGGCUUCUGGAGCACAGGCAUUUGCUGGAUUUUGCAAUGAAGAAAGAGCAUGCCUUCUCAUUGCUUCCAUGCCCAACAGAGAACCAAAGCGAACGGCAUUUAGUCCAGGUGAGCAGAGGACCUCAGUUGUUGGAGGAGGCUUUUAAUCAAAUUAUGUACACGGAUGCCGAGAGUUUGAAAGAAGGGUUGGUGGUGCAAUUUGCGAUGGAAGAAGGUGCUGGCAUCGGGGUUCUUCGAGAGUGGUUUAUGCUCAUGAGCCGUGAGAUCUUCAAUCAAGAGAAUGCACUCUUCCUGGCGUGCACUCGUGACCGCAAACGGUUCUUUCCCAACUCUCUCUCGAGAAUUAAUCCUGGGCAUCUGGCAUACUUCCGCUUCUGUGGCAGAGAUGCCUGUUCGGACCAGUGGAUUUCAGUUUCGUCCAUUGUAGGCCAGGUCGACAGCUCAAAUCGGCAGCAAUUUGUUGAUUUGCUGGUUAAUAAGAGGCUGGUGGCCCCAAUGCUGCCACAGGCCCAAGCUUUUGCGAAGGGCUUCUCUGAUCUCAUGGACAAUGGGAUGCAGCUCUCCCAUUUUCUUCAGCCUCUGGAGCUUGAGGACCUUGAUCUUGUUAUCUAUGGCGAGGAAAAGGAUAUUGACAUCGAUGAUUGGAAAGCGCAUACGACUUAUCAUGGGCACCUGUCAUCUAGUCAUGUGAUCUCACUCUUCUGGCAGGUAGUGACUGCAAUGACCCCGGAGGAGAGACGGCGGCUGUUGUACUUUGUGACUGCCAUAGCCAGACUUCCCAGCGAGGGAUUUGCGGGUCUCUCUUCGAGGUUUCACAUCCACCGGGCAUACACGGACGGGAAUCAUCUUCCGACAGCUCACACAUGUUUUCAGCAGCUACUGCUCCCUAUGUAUCAGUCGUUCCGGGUAAUGCAUGAUCGACUGCAUGCAGUCAUCGCGGACCAUGCUGUGCAAGGCUUCGGCUUCAUUUGACACGAUAAAAGCCCAUCGUUACCUGACAACCGACAAGAAGAUCAUUGCACUUUCUUUUUCAGAAGUCCUGUCUGUUUGUGCAGUGGGCUUGCUCUUGGCACCAGACAUCGUUACCUGAUGAUGGACGGAAAAGAAAGCCAUAGCGUUUUCCUGUGGUGAACAGUUGGCGUGCUAUUCACAGGAGACACUGCUACUGGCGAUGGGCAUUGCGCUUUCCUUCUGAAAGCCAUGCCUGUGUGAACGGCAGGCUCACUCUUUGCGAUCACCUGGAGGUGUCAUCAGAAUGUCGUAACGAAGUCGGAGAAGCGCAGGGGGAGGUUUCUGCAGAGAUGGGUCGUAGCGCUGCUGCUGUCAAUCUGGCAAUGGUUGCUGCAGCUGUCAUUGAUUUGGUGAGGGUCUCACAGCUCCGACCAUCUCGAUACUUUUCAUUAGCACAUAGAUGACAUGAGAUGUCUCAUGUUGUUUCAUGAUGGCUGCCUGCUGUAAUAAGCUAAGAACAUAGCAAUCGCACUGCAGGUGUUUCUGUCCAUCUGUGCUUUUGUAUCACUUCCUUCAGUGAAGUACUGCUAGGACUUUAGUUCUGUCCGCUUUGGGUGUGGACAUCGCAACUUCUUUCUGAGAAAGGCAACGCCGCAGUGCUGGCAUAAGGGAGAGGCGAGUGAAAAGCCGGGUCCUCUGCGUCUGGAAUGCAAGAGCGAUCACUUCUAGGUUUGAGAGAACGCUUCGAUCGUGCUUUGGAGAGGACUUGCCUCCGAUAACCUCUACUCGCUGCGCAGGCGCCACAGGGUCAAAGUGAAACAAACUGUGAGCACUCGAUUGCCCAGCGGCUGAGCAAAGAGAUUCAAAAAUGGCCCUGUGCACUGAUAGGGCUACCAUCUUCGCCUGGAUAGAACGCGGUGCCCCGUCAUUAGAGACGUAUUUGGGGUAACUUUCAGUCAGAUGCAGCGAUAAUGACCAGACGUUAUAACCUGGUGAAGGUGGUAGUCACCGUUGUACAACCCCUAGGAGUCCACAAACCAGUGUACAUUUAUGGACUGGUUAUGUGCUUAUAAUCUGCAAAAGAGCACGCAAAGUGCCUGUCGUCCUCUUUACAGUAUAUACAUGUAUUUGUGUUAAACACUCGAGGUUCAUCUGCUGCUUGGCGACUCGACCGCGACAGAUGCUCUCUGUUCGGGCAUUCUCGAAGGGAUACCAUGACCACAGGAGCUGUAGGAUGAUUGGAAUCUCGAGAGGGCCGAAUGCUGCCGCUGAAAAGCGGAGCCUGCUCUGCAUGCUGGUGGAGCCGGGAGGCUGUUGGUAGUACCGACUUCCAAGAGCACACGGUGACAAAGUCUGGGACCAGGGCCACAUGGGCAUGGCAGCCACCUCCCAUCCCAGCAGAUCCAUGGAGAUUGCAACCAGGGAGGCAGAGCCCAUGAAGAUUUGGACUCUGGACACUGAGGCUGUCAAGAUUGGGACUCAGAACUCAACUCUACACAGCCCCAGCCUUGCUGUCUGAAACUUGUCGCCACAAGAAAACGAGGCGGAAACGCCAAACGCUGCGCCCGCCAUUGAUAAAUUGGAUCAGUGGUCGCGUUUUCGUUUCGUGCUUCCAGAAUUAUAGGUGUCAGGGCCGUGGCCCAGGUGCCCAUGUACUGGUGCUUUAAGAUUGGGCCUGGGCACGGGAGCCUGAGCAAGAAAGGUGGGGAUUGCUGGGGAUGCACCCAAGCAAACGAGGCAGGGCCUACAACAAAGGCAGAGAGAUCACUCCUGGUGGCUGUAUUUCUUUGAUGAAGCUUUUGUGGAAUGCCAAAGCCUAUGUUUGUCGGUGAUGGGGUAUGGUGAGGUGGAUGCUGCCAGUGUCAUCCAUCGUCAGGGAGCCAAGUCAGGGCUGCUAACUCACUGUGGAAGCAUGCACUGCUGACGUAAGUGUGAAGUCGCCACGGAAAGGUGACAUCCUACUAGCUGGCCAGCUGGAGAAGGUGGUCAUUCUUGGCUCAAGCGGUCGAGUUCCCAAAGUCGAAUGCCUGUGCAGCAAUAGAAGACCCUCUGGUUGGGACUGGAUCUCCGGAGUUUAAAGCUUGAACCAGAGGGUGAAGAACGAAAACUACGGUCUUCCCCGGAGCAAAAUCCACCCUUGUUAUGGCUGUACAGGACCGGAAAGAUAGCUUGUCUACAUUCAUUAUCAGGGUUCUCCAUGUUCGAGCGAAGACGGUGGUUUUAGGAAAUGACGACACGGAUGCCUGCGUAAAAGGGAAGGAUUGUAUACAGGUGUGUGUGCACAAGGCUGGUGGCCUUUCACAGUCUUCAGCAAGUCAGUCACCUGGACUUGACGCUUAUGAUGGAUUGAAAUCCUGCAAGAGGCACAUGUGAAAAUGCACACACCAGGAAACUCUUCGUUUCCGUGUGUAAGGGAGGCUGCCUAAUUUCUCCCCACUUUGUACUAAGUCAUUUUUUGGGAUGGUUUUGCCACAUGUAUAUAUGCCGCCGCUGAGUCCUAUUCCGUCACACGAACCAGGGAGCGGGGCACAGGUGAGCACGCCCGUAUUGAACUAUUCUGUGCGCGAGGCAGGCACCAUUGGUCUCUCUCGGGAUGCUGAAUGCUCACUCAGAUGUUGGUCAUCCAUUAGUGAGUUUUGUUUGUGCGACAGCCAUCAUCUCAGCACAUAACCCCUGCACUGCCUGUUUCACCUAUAAGCAAUGGAGGUGGUCACACAGCAGUGGGAGGGGUGGCAUCUUGCCAUGUAAGGGUAGAGAACGUAUUUGUAGCAUCAUGGUUCAGUGGUGAGGCUGACGUUUUGUCGAGACCACAGCCAUCUGCGGCGCAUGUUUGUUGAAACAUUGUCUGCGGCGCAUGUUUGUUGAAACAUUGUCACACAGCGGUGGGAGGGGUGGCAUCUUGCCAUGCAAGAGUAGAGAAUGUACUUGUAGCAUCAUGGUUCAGCGACGUGGCUGACUUUGUCGAGACCACAGCCAUCUGCGGUGCAUGUUUGUUGAAAUAUUUUCAACAUAGCCCUCCAGCAAACUUCCUCUGUUUGUUUGUUUAUUUGUUUGGAAUAUUCAGCAGUGCUCACUUCCUGGGGAAACCAGAAACAGGCUGCUGCAUCUGUGCUGCAGCCAUAUGGCAUGUUGUUUUGAAAAAUGCGUGCCACCUUUCGUUGUCUAUGGAUCCGCAUUGGUCAGGAAGAAAUGAAGCAUGCCACAUGCA